GUUAUAGGAAAAAAACACGUUGUGUAUUACGUGGUGAAAUUAAAACAAAUAUUUGAAUACAAGUUUGCUAGAAAGUAUUUCUCUCGGUAUACUGCACAUGGUUGAGAUGUCAAUCACAACAAGCGCACGUGCUGUGCAUGCUGCAAUGUUUUGCUGUACACUUCACCUCAGGUUCAACAAAGAUGACUAUUCUUAAAAUAGUUUAAGUAGGUAGCUAGAAAAUUUGACAAAUAGCUAUAUCUUGAACAUUAUCGGCACAUACGCCCAUGUAUUAUUUUAAUACAUUUCAUUUUAAAAUAGUUGACAAUAGUACUACACAUUUCUAAGGAAGGUUAGGAACGCGGCUUGUGCCUCCAGUUACCUAGCAAGUUCUGUGGUAGCCAAAACGUAACACCGCAGUAUAACGUUCACAGUAUGGCAGCUGGGAAGACUUGUUACAGGCCAAAAAAGCAGGAGACAGCAGAGUGGACCAGCUUAUUUCAAAACAAACUGAAAACUGAAGAACAGUCCCUGGUCUUUGUGAAACGAAUGAUGGCCCUUGCCAUUUCUUCAAUCACGUAUCUCAGAGGAAUUUUUCCUGAAGACGCCUAUAGAUCUCGUUAUCUAGAAGAUUUAUCCAUCAAAGUUUUAUGUGAAGACUGCACAACACCUGGUGCUUGCAAAAUUGUGAAGUGGAUGAUGGGCUGUUUUGACGCAUUAGAGAGAGGAUAUCUUCAGACUGUGUUUAUUGGGGUCUGCACCAAUCCAGAUAACCCCAAUUGCAUCAUUGAGUCAUACCAGUUUAAGUUCAGAUACACAGAGAAAGGACCAGAGUUGGACAUACUGAGGAACAAAAACGUGGAGAUGAAAGUGACAAUGGAGGACACCAAGAACGCCUCAGUCCUCUUGAUCAGGAAGUUGUUUCUUCUCAUGCAGAACCUUGACGUGCUCCCUAACAAUGUUUGCCUGACCAUGAGGCUGUACUACUUUGAUGACAUCACCCCGGCCGACUAUGAGCCUCCAGGCUUCAAGGAGGGGGUGGACGACCACAUGUGGUUCGAGGGCAAGGCGGUGCUCUUUGGAGUGGGUGAGGUGCAAACCCCUUUCCAUACCCUGAAGAUGAAGGUGGCAGCAGCACAGAGCCGUGUGGAGAAGCUGCAGGAGGGGAACUACUUGAGGGAGAGCAGCCCAGUCUCUCCAGUCCAGAAUCACACUCUGCUAGGCCCAAGGGCAACCGGUACACAGGAUCCUAACAAUGACAGCUACAAAGAAGACAUUCCCUCUGAAGAUGAGUCUGCACAGUUCAAGAAACCCAAGAAACCUGUAAAAAAUAGGAAAGCAGCUGCCAAAAAACUGGUAAAGAAAAAAGGAAAAGCAUGCUGAAGAAAAAAAAGCUUCACCAGCUCGCUGUCAAAC